AUGAAAAGCAUCAACGAGUCUGCUUUGACCAGCAUAAAAUGGAAAGAGGAGCCAACUCUGUUCUUCAAGUUUACCGGCAGCGAUGACUUCAUCGUGGAACAUGUCGCGAAAAAGGUUGGUGUCAUCACAAAACAGAAUCGCAGCACCGCAUAUACUUUUGCGUCAGACGAAACCGAGCGAAACGAGCUGUGGUCAGCGAGGAAGAACGCGCUCUGGAGUAUGCUUGCCAUGAGAAAAUCGCCAACAGAUAAGGUGUGGACGACCGAUGUGGCAGUACCCAUGAGUAGACUACCGGACAUUAUCGACUUUGCUAAAGACGACAUUGAGAAGUCGGGCUUGGUCGGAUCCAUUGUCGGACAUGUUGGUGAUGGCAACUUUCAUACUCUGCUGUUAUUUCCAGAGGACAAGCGACAGGUGGCUGAGGAUAUUGUCCAUCGGAUGGUUGGUAAAGCGAUAGAGAUGAAGGGGACGGCUACGGGGGAGCAUGGGGUCGGGCUUGUUAAGCGAGAUUACUUGGAAAAGGAACUGGGCAAGGAUACAGUGGAUAUGAUGCGAUCGAUGAAGAAUGCGUUUGAUCCAAUGUGUAUAUUGAACUGUGACAAAGUCAUUCGUAUGCAAGCUGCAUAA